AUGCAACGCGCAGACCGGCGCGUCCACGAGGAUGCCGCAUGUCCCGGAUCACAGGCCAACGCCUCCGAAGCAGAUGAGACGGGAUACAUCCACAUCGCGCGCUCGCCCCUCGAGUCACUGGGCAGUCUCGGCACACCAGGCUCACGGUGGCCACCAUGGCUCGUCGACGCGAUGCAGGACCCGGCCAAGGCUGCGAUCCUGUCCGGCGGGUGUGCAGUGGCUGUGACUCUUGCGGGUAUUAGCAUCUACCGCCGGUUCCUGCGGCGGAUCCCGAACGCUGACAGCGUGACGGCCGCCAUGAUCGAGGAGAAACGCAAGAUUGUAGGCGUUGUGACGCGGGUGGGCGAUGGAGAUGGGUUCAGGCUGUACCAUACCCCAGGACCAUUCUGGCGUUUCCCGCUCAAGUUGAGGCGCGUCCCGACCACAACCAAAGAAUUGAAGAACGAGACGUUGUCGAUUCGAAUAGCCGGCGUUGACGCUCCCGAACUAGCCCACUUUGGUAAUCCGGCCCAGCCGUACGCCAAGGAGAGCCUGGACUGGCUGACCAACACGGUCGACGGCCGGCGCGUCAAGUGUCAGCUCCUCCGCAAGGACCAGUAUGGCCGGAUUGUCGCUGUCCCUUGGCUCUGUCGCUCUGUACUUCCGGACAAGCCGCUUCCGCUCAUGAUGUUGCGUGAGGGCGUCGCGGUCGUGUACACGCAGGGCGGGGCAGAGUUUGGUCCCUGGGGUCUGGACAAGUUGCAGGCCGAAGAGGACGAGGCCAGGAAGAACCGCCGGGGGUUGUGGGGUGGCCGCAGCGUCGAGAAGCCCGGUGACUUUAAGCGGCGGGUGCGCGAGGGCUCGGAAGAGGCGGCCACGACGGUCAAGCUUGGUAAGAAGCGUUCGUGGUGGGAGGCUUUGGGACGGUGGCUCGGCGGUAAGACGUAG